AUGAGCUCUAAUUCGACGCAGAAUCACCAACCUCCUACUCCAGCAGCACAUACGCAGGCAGGGCCAUUUGGCCACUCGCGUCCGCCUCUAUUACAACAGCUCCCGCCUCCAUCGACGACUCAUCAUCUGCAGCAGAGUCAGCAGCCCUUAAUGGGUUAUUUGCCUUCGCCGUACCUCUACCAUAGAACUUACGAUGACUUACAAAACAGAAGACUAACAACAAACUACGACUCAGUUACGCCCGUGUUUAUGCAAAAGGCCCCUAGUGUUGGAAUAUCCAUACCGCCUCCACCUCAACAACAGUUACAACAACAUCAACAUCAGCAACAUCAGCAACAACAUCAACAUCAGCAACAACAACAACAACAACAACAACAACAACAGCUGCAGCAACAGCUGCCACCCGUCUCUGGUGCAGUGAGGAAAAACACUCAGGAGGUUAUGGCCAAGUCUAUCGCUGAGAGGCACCGCACACGCCCAAUUGCAGAGUAUGCUACCGUUGUGCGUCAAGCCGAAAUCGCGGUGCUUAAUAUGGACCCUCAAAACAAUUCCAAGACCGCGAUUCAGCUAGCUGAACAGAACCGUGAACGCGAACGACAAGUGUAUGCACUUUUGUGGUUGAUGAAGAACUGCGUAUCUGAGCCGGACAGCUACGUCCCUCGUGGUAGGAUAUUUGCCCAGUAUGCUGCAUCGUGUGCUCAAAAUAGCCUGAAACCGUUGUCACAGGCAUCACUAGGGAAAUUAAUCCGAUCAGUAUUUCCUCACUUGACCACGAGAAGGCUGGGAAUGAGGGGACAAUCAAGAUACCACUAUUGUGGUUUGAGGCUCGUAGUUGAUGAACCACGCGCAGCCUCUUUACAGAUUCAAUCGCCCCCUAAUUCUGCCGAGCAACCAGUAGUGGGACGUUUAGAACCUGCCAAGGCUUCACAAUCGAGGUCUCCAUCACCAGAGAUUCUCAAGCUAGAACCUUCGCCUAUAACCGUUGGUCAAUAUUCGGACGACUAUGAUAUGGUCUUCGUGGAAGACCUCUUCAAGAAAGUAUUUUCAAAUGAUAUACCGAUACCAUCUGAGUAUUCUCUAAAGUUCCCAUCGAUACCGCGCGAUAGACUACCGGCCGGCACAGACGAGGACAUAGUAUCUUCACUUGAGUCGCUUUACCAUGUGCAUUGCAAUACAAUUUUUGAACAUAUACGAUUUAUGAAAUUUGAUCAGUUGGAAAAUGUGCUAAUGGUAUUCGGAUCCGGGUCCAUCUCUCCGCAGAUGUAUAAUUUGUUCAUCUCAGAGCCUUUGCACGAUUGGAUCCGCGAAUGCGAUCACAUUACUCACGUCUCGCUAAUCAAAUGUCUGUCAAGAAUGAUUGUUGACUACCAAAACGUCCCGGUCGAAGUUCUAACAAAACUAGAAACUUUUUUCAAGACAUAUGCAGCCUUGACAGCAAAGGCUACGAUUGAUUUACCGGUUCCCAUGGUACAGAAAAAAAACGAACUGAUUGAGACUUUCUCGAGACUCGUAAGGAAAUUGGUCAAGUACUUACGUUUUUCUGUGCAAAUUACAAAACUCCUUCCCAAUCACCGUGACAUGAGACAGGAUUGGGAAGUUUACAUGAACUUGGACGACGUAUUGGAUAUCGUUAAGAGAGACGGUUACGACGAAGUGAUAAAGAUCAUAAAAACCUUCAUGACAACAACUAUUACAGAACUUCUGGACGAUUUGGCUGCCGGUGAAGUUCGUCUAGAUAAAUUCGUCAAGAACUACUGUGAACUGCUUUCCAGUAUACGAGACGUACCAGCUUGCAAGUUGAUGGAUGGUGUAACCAGUUUCUCGAGGGCUUUUAUGGCAGAUAUCAGUUUGACUUUACAACAAAGAGGUUUACCGUGGUAUUACCUCGAUAUGCUCUCCAGCCUGUUGGUUGGUUACUGCUUCGAAAUAAAUAGAUUCAUAUCAUGA